CAAGGAAAAUAAAAAGAAAUCAACAACACAAAAAUACCAAUGCAUUACACGGUAAACAAAAAUAUUCUUAACAAAAGCAUGCUUUCUAUAACUAAAGGACCAGAGAGGGUCAACGUAACAAGACAAAACUUUUAGACAAUAACCACCAUAUUCCAGGUAAAUAACAGAGAAAGUAUUGUGGACCCAGUCACAUCUAUACCUGCAAAAACCAUGUCAGGAGUUUAGGUUUUUACCUUUUUGAGAUUCUAAUGAAGUAUCCCAAUGUCCACACUGGGAUAGUGUCAGAAAAGGGCAAGGAGGGAACCAGGAGUUUUAUCAUCACUGAGCUCCAUUUCUAUUCUCAGUGUCAGUUGAGACCACAUGGGAGUUCUGGACUUCCACAGCCAUCUGGAAGUAACAAGGUGCUCUUUCUUCUCCUGACUGGGCUGGUGUCAGUGGAGGCCUAGAGAAUAUUCAGGACCUUCACCACGGCCCUGUGAUAACAAGGUCACCCUACCCUCCUUGCGUGUCAGUGGAGACCACGUUGGGAGUUGGAACUCCUAGACUUCUCACAUUCACCCAGCAGUAAUAAGGAACCUCUUCCUAAGAUGCUGAAUGGGGAAUCUAGGUUUUUGCAUCCAUGUAGUAAUAAUGAGGCAGCAUCACCCACCUCUUUACCUGCCAGAGGGUAUCAGAGAAAGCCAAUUAAAACAGAAGAUUUAAAUAAGACAUGGUUUCUUAACAUAAUUUAAAAAUGAACGGGUUUUAAUAAAUUAUUCUUAAACCAAGAACUAGAUCUCAAAAUGAAAGAAAAUUGCAAUUAAUAGAUACCAAUGCUGAGAUGACAGAGAUGUUAGAGUUAUUUGACAACAGUUUUAAAAUAGUCAUGAUAAAAACGCUUCAGUGAGUAAAUCUGAACACCUUUAGAAUGAAUGAAAAAAUAGAGAACCUGAAUAAGGAAAGAGAAGCCCUCAACAAAGAAAUGAAAGAGAAAAGGAUGAGCCACAUGGAGUUUUAGAAAUGAAAAAUACAAUAACUAAAAGAAAAAGCUUAGUGGAUGGGCAGAAUACAGGAGAUAAAAAAUAAUGAAUAAAAUGGAAGAUAGAAAUUACCUAGCCUAAACAACAGAAAAAAAUGGGAAAAACAAAACAAAACAAGAGCCUCAUGGGCCCAUGUAAUUAAAACAAAAGAUCUAGCAUUCAUGUCAUCAGAGUACAGAAAGAAAUGAGAAAGAGGGAUGGGCUGAAAGAGUACUUGAAGAAGUAAUGGUCCCAAACUUCCCAAAUUUGGUAAAACACAUAAACCUGAGUGAACCAUAAACAGGAUACACCCAAAGAAAUUCACGCCAAGACAUUUCAUAAUUAAACUUUCAAAAACGAAAGACACAAAGAAAAUCUUGAAAGCAGCCCGAGAAAAAGUAUUCCUUACAUAUAUAAGAAAAUCAAUGAAAUGGCAGUAGGUUUCUCAUCAGAAGCCACGGAGACCAGAAGGAAGUGACACACAUUUUUUUUACGCGCUGAAAGAUAAGAAUUGUGAAUCUUGAAUCCUGUACUCAGUGAAAACACUCUCUUCAGGAAUGAAGAGGAAAUCAAGACAUACUUACAUAAAAACAGAUUAUUACCAGCAGAUCUACUCUAAAAGAACGGCAAAGGACGUUAGCUAAGCAGAAAGGAAGUAACGUAUAAAGGAACCUUGGAACAUCGGGGAGGACAAAAGAACAUGCAUUCCAGUUGGCUUUUGAGUGGAUACUUGCAGUGAGAGCAUUGACAUUGGAAACACUAGUUCCCAUUUUAGUUACUUAAAACAACACGAUGAAAAGAAAUACCUGUGAUUUGCUUUCUCGGAGCAAAAGUGACUUGAGCAUCUGAAGAUUUUGGUUUCUGCAGAGAGUAGGAAAGGUUGAACCAAUCCCCCAUGGAUACCAAGGCCUCUGAGGAAACACUACAUUCCAGUAAUGAAGAGGAAGACCCUUUCCACAGAAUGGAACCCUAUCUUGUCCGGAGACUUUCAUGUCGCAAUAUUCAGCUUCCCCCUCUCGCCUUCAGACAGUUGGAACAAGCUGACUUGAAAAGUGAAUCAGAGAACAUUCAACGACCAACCAGCCUCCCCUUGAAGAUUCUGCCUCUGAUUGCUAUCACUUCUGCAGACUCCAGUGGUUUUGAUGUGGACAAUGGCACAUCUGCGGGACGGAGUCCCUUGGAUCCCAUGACCAGCCCAGGAUCUGGGCUAAUUCUCCAAGCAAAUUUUGUCCACAGUCAACGCCGGGAGUCCUUCCUGUAUCGAUCUGACAGUGAUUAUGACCUCUCUCCAAAGUCUAUGUCCCGGAACUCCUCCAUUGCCAGUGAUAUACACGGAGAUGACUUGAUUGUGACUCCAUUUGCUCAGGUCUUGGCCAGUCUGCGAACUGUACGAAACAACUUUGCUGCAUUAACUAAUUUGCAAGAUCGAGCACCUAGCAAAAGAUCACCCAUGUGCAACCAACCAUCCAUCAACAAAGCCACCAUAACAGAGGAGGCCUACCAGAAACUGGCCAGCGAGACCCUGGAGGAGCUGGACUGGUGUCUGGACCAGUUAGAGACCCUACAGACCAGGCACUCCGUCAGUGAGAUGGCCUCCAACAAGUUCAAAAGGAUGCUUAAUCGGGAGCUCACCCAUCUCUCUGAAAUGAGUCGCUCUGGAAAUCAAGUGUCAGAGUUUAUAUCAAACACAUUCUUAGAUAAACAACAUGAAGUGGAAAUUCCUUCUCCAACUCAGAAGGAGAAGGAGAAAAAGAAAAGACCAAUGUCUCAGAUCAGUGGAGUCAAGAAAUUGAUGCACAGCUCUAGUCUGACUAAUUCAAGUAUUCCAAGGUUUGGAGUUAAAACUGAACAAGAAGAUGUCCUUGCCAAGGAACUAGAAGAUGUGAACAAAUGGGGUCUUCAUGUUUUCAGAAUAGCAGAGUUGUCUGGUAACCGGCCCUUGACUGUUAUCAUGUACACCAUUUUUCAGGAACGGGAUUUAUUAAAAACAUUUAAAAUUCCAGUAGAUACUUUAAUUACGUAUCUUAUGACUCUCGAAGACCAUUACCAUGCUGAUGUGGCCUAUCACAACAAUAUCCAUGCUGCAGAUGUUGUCCAGUCUACUCAUGUGCUAUUAUCUACACCUGCUUUGGAGGCCGUGUUUACAGAUUUGGAGAUUCUUGCAGCAAUUUUUGCCAGUGCAAUACAUGAUGUAGAUCAUCCUGGUGUGUCCAAUCAAUUUCUGAUCAAUACAAAUUCUGAACUUGCCUUGAUGUACAACGAUUCCUCGGUCUUAGAGAACCAUCAUUUGGCUGUGGGCUUUAAAUUGCUUCAGGAAGAAAACUGUGACAUUUUCCAGAAUUUGACCAAAAAACAAAGACAAUCUUUAAGGAAAAUGGUCAUUGACAUUGUACUUGCAACAGAUAUGUCAAAACACAUGAAUCUACUAGCUGAUUUGAAGACUAUGGUUGAAACUAAGAAAGUGACAAGCUCUGGAGUUCUUCUUCUUGAUAAUUAUUCCGAUAGGAUUCAGGUUCUUCAGAAUAUGGUGCAUUGUGCAGAUCUGAGCAACCCAACAAAGCCUCUCCAACUGUACCGCCAGUGGACGGACCGGAUAAUGGAGGAGUUCUUCCGCCAAGGAGACCGAGAGAGGGAACGUGGCAUGGAGAUAAGCCCCAUGUGUGACAAGCACAAUGCUUCCGUGGAAAAAUCACAGGUGGGCUUCAUAGACUAUAUUGUUCAUCCCCUCUGGGAGACAUGGGCAGACCUCGUCCACCCUGACGCCCAGGACAUUUUGGACACUUUGGAGGACAAUCGUGAAUGGUACCAGAGCACAAUCCCUCAGAGCCCCUCUCCUGCACCUGAUGACCCAGAAGAGGGCCGGCAGGGUCAAACUGAGAAAUUCCAGUUUGAACUAACUUUAGAGGAAGAUGGUGAGUCAGACACAGAAAAGGACAGUGGCAGUCAAGUGGAAGAAGACACUAGUUGCAGUGACUCCAAGACUCUUUGUACUCAAGACUCGGAGUCUACUGAAAUUCCCCUCGAUGAACAGGUUGAAGAGGAGGCAGUAGUGGAAGAAGAGGAAAGCCAGCCUGAAGCCUGUGUCAUAGAUGAUCGUUCUCCUGACACGUAACAGUGCAAAAACUUUCAUGCCUUUUUUUUUUUUUUAGCAGAAAAAUUGUUUCCAAAGUGCAUGUCACAUGCCACAACCACGGUCACACCUCACUGUCAUCUGCCAGGACGUUUAUUGAACAAAACUGACCUUGACUACUCAGUCCGGCGCUCAGGAAUAUCGUAACCAGUUUUCUCACCUCCGUGUCAUCAGAGCAAGGUGGACAUCUUCAUGAACAGCGUUUUUAACAAGAUUUCAGCUUGGUAGAGCUGACAAGGCAGAUAAAAUCUACUCCAAAUUGUUUUCAAGAGAGUGUGGCUUUUCAGGCAGCCCAAACGUUGAUUGGACUUGGGGUUUCUAUUCUUUUUAUUUGUUUGCAAUAUUUUCAGAAGAAAGGCAUUGCACAGAGUGAACUUAAUGGACGAAGCAACAAAUAUGUCAAGAACAGGACAUAGCACGUAUCUGUUACCAGUAGGAGGAGGAUGAGCCACAGAAAUUGCAUAAUUUUCUAAUUUCAAGUCUUCCUGAUACAUGACUGAAUAGUGUGGUUCAGUGAGCUGCACUGACCUCUACAUUUUGUAUGAUAUGUAAAACAGAUUUUUUGUAGAGCUUACUUUUAUUAUUAAAUGUAUUGAGGUAUUAUAUUUAAAAAACUAUGUUCAGAACUUCAUCUGCCACUGGUUAUUUUUUUUCUAAAGAGUAACUUGCAAGUUUUCAGUACAAAUCUGUGCUACACUGGAUAAAAAUCUAAUUUACAAAUUUUACUUGCACCUUAUAGUUCAUAGCAAUUAACUGAUUUUUAGUGAUUCAUUGUUUUAUAUACCAAUGACUUCCAUAUUUUAAAACAGAAAAACAACUUUAUGUUGCAGGAAACCCUUUUUGUAAGUAAGUCUUUAUUAUUUACUUUGCAUUUUGUUUCACUCUUUCCAGAGAUAAGAGUUGCUCUUCACCAGUGUUUUUCUUCAGUGUGCAAAGUGACUAAUUGUUCUAUAAUACUUUAAUGUGUGUUAUAUCAAAUGUGUCUUAAGCUUCAUGCGAAUUCAGUCAUCAGUUGGUGUUGUCUGAAGCAAGUGGGAGAUAUAUAAAUACCCAGUAGCUAAACUGGUCAGUCUUUUUGAGAUGUUUUCCUACUUAGUAUCUCCUAAUAACGUUUUGCUGUGUCAAUAGACAUGCAUUUCACAAGUGCAUAUCUUUCUAAUAAUGUGCACAUUUCAUGCUCAUUUUUAUUGUUUUUACAGCCAGUUAUAGUAAGAAAAAGGUUUUUCCCCUCGUGCUGCUUUAUAAUUUAGUGUGUGUUUGAACCUCUGUCCAUGUUUGCUAGAUGAGGUCUUGUCAAAUAUAUCGCUACCAUUGUCACCAGUGAAAAGAAACAGGUAGUCAAGUUAGGGUUAACAUUCAUUUCAACUAUGAGGUUGUAUGUCAUGACUAGAUUUUACUCUUGGUUUACAGAGAAAAGUUAAACAAACAGCUAACUAGGCAGUUUUUAAGAAUAUUAACAACAUAUUAACAAACACCAGUACAACAACUAAUCCUCUUUGGUUUCAAUGAUUUCACUAUGGGAUUAAGAACUAUAUCAGGAACAUACCUGAGAAAUGGUUUUAAGUAUAGCAACUACUCUUCCUUAAUGGACAACCACAUAACAUGCAGGAAUUGCUUUAUCACUUCUCCUCGAUCCAUAAGUAUAUCUUGCAGAGGGGAACUACUUCUUGAAACACAUGGAGGGAAAGAAGAUGAUGCCACUGGCACCAGAGGGUUAGUACUGUGAUGCAUCCUAAAAUAUUAGAUUGGUAAAAAUUCUGCUUAAAUAAAAAAUUAGAGAUCACUCUUGGCUGAUAUCAGCACCAGGAACUGUAUUACAGUUUUAGAGAUUAAUUCCCAGUGUUUACCUGAUUAUAGCAGUUGGCAUCAUGGGGCAUUUAAUUCUGACUUUAUUCCUAUGUCAGUCUUUGUAAUAAAGUCUUUACCUUCUCUGUGAAGACUUUAAAGCCCAAAUAAUCAUUUUUCAUGUUGAUAUUCAAGAACUGAGAUAGAGGCCAAAGUGGGUAUCUGACAAGUGGAAAAUCAAACAUUUAAGAAGAAUUACAACCCUGAAAAGCAUUUAUAUUUGGAACUUCUCAAGGAGCCUUCCAAGGACUGGAAACUAAGUCAUCAGCCAGGGAAAUGACUCAAGCUGAAGACAGGCCCCAUUUCAGUCCCCUGAGAUCUGGCUGAUGCUUAGAUCCUUUGAAAUAAAAAUUAUGUCUUUAUAACUCUGAUCUUUUACAUAAGGCAGAAUAGGAAUCAACUAGUUAAUUGCAAGAUUUCUACUCUCUUUCCUCUGUAAAGAUCAGAUGGUAAUCUUUCAAAUGAAGACAUAUAUUUGACCAAGUAGUUUCACAAGAACAUCUGGGAACUUGUUUCCUUUUAAUUUUAUUUGUCCCUGACUGAGGUCUAGAAAGAAACGCAAAGAGUCUAGAAUUUAUUCUUCUUUCCAAAACAUUCUCAUUCCUGUCCUCCCUACACUUAGUAUUUCCCCCACAGAGUGCCUAGAAUUUUAAUAAUGAAUAAAAGAAAAAGCAGCAAUAUGUCACUUAACAAAUCCAGACCUGAAAGGGUAAAGGGUUUAUAACUGCACUAAUAAAGAGAGGCUCUUUUUUUUUUUUUCUUCCAGUUUGUUGGUUUUUAAUGGUACCAUGUUGUAAAGAUACCCACUAACAGACAAUCAAAUUGCAGAAAAGGCUCAAUAUCCAAGAGACAGGGACUAAUGCACUGUACAAUCUGCUUACCCUUGCCCUUCUCUCUCGCCAAAGUGUGCUUCAGAAAUACACACUGCUUUAAAAAAGAAUAUCCUUUUACAAGUGGCUUUACAUUUCCUAAAAUGCCAUAAGAAAAUGCAAUAUCUGGGUACUGUAUGGGGAAAAAAUAUGUCCAAGUUUGUGUAAAACCAGUGCAUUUCAGCUUGCAAGUUACUGAACACAAUAAUGCUGUUUUAAUUUUGUCUUCUUUUAUAUCAGUUAAAAUUCACAGUAAUGUAGAUAGAACAAAUUAUAGACAAGGAAAGAAAAAACUUGAAUGAAAUGGAUUUUACAGAAAGCUUUAUGAUAAUUUUUGAAUGCAUUAUUUAUUUUUUGUGCCAUGCAUUUUUUUUCUCACCAAAUGACCUUACCUGUAAUACAGUCUUGUUUGUCUGUUUACAACCAUGUAUUUAUUGCAAUGUACAUACUGUAAUGUUAAUUGUAAAUUAUCAGUUCUUAUUAAAACAUCAUCCCAUGAUGGGAUGGUGUUGAUAUAUUUGGAAACUCUUGGUGAGAGAAUGAAUGGUGUGUAUACAUACUCUGUACAUUUUUCUUUUCUCCUGUAAUAUAGUCUUGUCACCUUAGAGCUUGUUUAUGGAAGAUUCAAGAAAACUAUAAAAUACUUAAAGAUAUAUAAAUUUUAAAAACCAUAGCUGCAGGUCUUUGGUCCCAGGGCUGUGCCUUAACUUUAAUCAAUAUUUUCUUCUGUUUUGCUGCCUUUGAAAGGUAACGGUGGAGCUAGGGCUGGGCAUUUUACAUCCAGGCUUUUAAUUGAUUAGAAUUCUGCCAAUAGGUAGAUUUUACAAAACCACAGACCACCUCUGAAAGAUUCUGAGACCCUUUUGAGACAUAAACUCUUAAGUACUUCUUGCCAGGGAGCAGCACUGCAUGUGUGAUGAUUGUUUGCCAUCUGUUGAUCAGGAGCUACUUCAGCUACUUGUAUUUGAUUAUUUCCUUUUUUUUUUUAAACUCGGAAACACAACUGGGGAAAUAUAUUCUUUCCCAGUGAUUAUAAACAAUCUUUUUUUUAAAAGUCUUUUUAGCUUCUAGAGCUCAUAGGAAAAUGAACUUGAUUUGAAAUUGGAGCCAGAGUUUACUCAUGUUAGUUAUCUAUUCAUCAGCUUCCUGUCAUGUUAAGAGAAUAUAUUAAAGAGAAAAUAUCAUUUUUUAAUCCUAAAAUUUUUCUUCCACUAAGAUAAACCAAAUGUCCUUACAUACAUGUAAACCCACCUAUUUAAACACAAAGUUGUAUCUGAUGUCAGUUUACAUAGCAGAAGGCAUUCACCAUCCUCUAAGAUUUGUUUCUGCAAAACUUUCAGUGCUUUAGAAUUUUAAAAUUUAACCUUGUACAAUGGCCAGCCCCUAAAGCAGGAAACAUUUAUAAUGGAUAAUAUGGAAAUAUCCUCCCACUACUUGCCCAGCCCUUGAAUCAUGUGGCUUUUCAGUGAAAGGAAAGAUUCUUUUUCUGGGAAAAAUGAGCCUCCUAUUUUAUUUUAUUUUAUUUUAUUUUUUGACACAAACUGUAGAUUUUAGCAGCCCUGGCCCAAAGGAAUUUGAUUACUUUUGUUUUAAACAGUACAAAGGGGACACUAUAAUUACAAAAACAUCCUUAACUGAUUUGAGUUGUUUUUAUUUCUUUGGAUAUGUUUUCAGAGUGGUAAAUUGUGUGUGAGAAUUACAAAUGAUUCUUUUAGUGGUUUCUUAGCCUCUCUUACAGCCCACGGGGAUAGUACUGUACAUCAAUACCUUCAUAUGAAAUUUUUAUAUGCAAUGAAAAUAAAAGCAUGGGUUGAUUCUGCCUAUUUAUGACUCAAUAUUUUACAAAUAAAAGAUUAUUCAUUUUAUAGUUCAAUCAGCACGUUUCUUAGGAUACUGAACGUGGUUAAAAUGAAAGGAGAAUAGUGACAUCGUAAGUUAGUACUGAUAUUCUUAACCAAAUGAAGCCAACUUGAGUUAUUUUGCUACAUUAAAAUUACCAAAAUUACUUAGAUGGCCUAUAAAAUUAAGCACGGUAUUUUCUAAGCAAGCUUUGGAAGGGGCCUUCCAUACUUAAUUGAAUAUUCUGGGAUACUGAAAAUUAUUCAGACACUUGACAAUUAUUUGUCGGUUACCUACUCUGCAAACUACAAAGUUUUCAGGACUCAACAAUAAGUUAAUGAGACACCGUAUUUGCUUUCAUGGAGCUUACAGUCUGGAGGGGACAAAGGCAUUCAACAAUUCAAUACUCAUAUAAUUAUAUACAUGAUCAGUAAAAUGAAGGAGCUCAGUGGGGUGAAUAAGCAGGAACCUGAACUUGAUCUAUUCCGGAGGGCCAGGGAAGGCUUCCUUGAGGCCUUGAGAAAGUGAUUUGCAUCUGAGUUCUGAAGGAUUUUAAGAGGUAACUACAGGAAAAGUUGAUAGGAAGAGGAAGGGGAUCCAGACAGGAAACAUUUGCAAAGAUCUUGAGGCAUAAAUAAGCCUGAGACAUCCGGAGAAACUGAGGAAAAGAGAGAGAGUAGGUAGGGCCUGGAGCCGCACAGCCAUGCUAACCAUCCUGUGUGAGAGCUCCCCCAUUCUGUAGCUUUAUUCUCAUAACCCUGCUCCAUUGUCUUUAUAACACUUCUCACAGAUUUAUAUACGCAGCUGUUUUUUGUUGUCUGUCUCUCCCACCAGACCACAGCUCCGUGAGAGCAAGGUCUUUGCUUACCAAUGUAUCACUAGCAAUUAAAACUAUGCCUGGUUCACAGUAGGUUCUUAAUAUGUGUUGAAUAUAGCCACCAAAUUGAUACUGGAUAUAAUUCAAUCUGAUAAGAUAUUUUGAGAUAUUAAAGAGUUUUUAACUUGAUACCAUAA